CAUUAUGAAACAUGAAGGAUCUGAUGUUGCACUUCACUCUCUUCUGUGUGAAUAAUUAAGCUGCCCGGGGGUGUUAUUUCAGAGCAGUCAGCGUUAAUAACUUGACUGAAUGAUCUUCUUAUGAAAAGCAGUGCAAAGAAUUCUCCAGUAAAUUUUUUAAUAAAGUGUUGCUCCAUGGGCUCCUCUGCUCUUCUCACACAAAUGGUUAAUGAUGAAGGGCCAUUGAUCCUAGAUGGUGGACUGGCAACUGAUCUGGAAGCGCAUGGAGCCAAACUGCAGGGAGACCCUCUGUGGAGUGCCAGGCUUUUGCACACUGAUCCUCAGGCCAUAAGAGAUGCUCAUUACAGGUUCCUCCUCAGUGGUGCUGAUGUCAUCACGACAGCCACAUACCAGGCAAGUAUCCCAGGAUUCAUCAGCCACCUCAAGGUGAGCGCUGAACGCGCCAGAGAGCUGCUGAUGUCCGGAGUUCAUCUGGCCAAAGAGACGGUGAAGAGGUUUGAGUCAGGGCAGAGACGCCCCCUGGUGGCGGGCUCUCUGGGGCCGUACGGGGCCUUUCUCCACGAUGGCUCGGAGUACACUGGAGCUUACGCAGAGCAGAUGAGUGUUGAAGAGCUUAAAGUUUGGCACCGGCCUCAGAUUGACUGCUUAGCAGCUGCAGGAGCUGAUCUCAUCGCCUUUGAGACAAUCCCGAGCAUCAAAGAGGCGGAGGCUGUGGUGGAGCUGCUGAGGGAGUUUCCAAACUCGAAAGCCUGGCUGUCAUUCUCCUGUAAGGACGAGAAGCGUAUAUCGGACGGGAGCCUGUUCGCUGAUGCCGUGCGGGUCGCUGGGAGAUCCACGCAGCUGCUCGCUGUGGGAGUCAACUGCUGUCCUCCAGACGUGGUGGAGCCGCUGCUAGACUCUGCUGGACCGCUGCACGUCUCAAACAUGAGCUGGGUGGUGUACCCUAACAGCGGAGAGGAGUGGGACACUGAGCGGGGGUGGCAAACAUCAGGAAAACCAUCAGCAUGGACGCCUGAUCUGAGCCACAUGUGGGUGAAGCAGGGCGCUGCUCUGAUAGGGGGAUGCUGUCGUAUCGGCCCUGCUCACAUAGCGGAGCUAAGACAGCAGUUAAAGGGGCGUUGAACCUCCAGCCUCUGCAGAGAGGCCUCAAAACUUGGCUGCCUGCAAGAACAGGACAUGCUGAAGGAGGCAGAAACCUGUCACUGCUGACUUUGUGCAAAUUCUAAUGAAAUCUGUGAUUGAUGACAUAAUGCUGAUGCUCACACUCUGGCUGAGCGGGCCUUCUUGUUUAUGCACGGCUUAUGUUCACUAUAAGAGCGUGAGGAGACUCAGAAGAGAGAGAAUAAAUUAUAAUAUCUGAUUCAGUCGUGUUGUGACUAACUCACUUAAAAAUGCCACUGAGCAAGUUAAAAUUCAAUUAGUGGCUCCCAUCCAACACCAGCUCAGAAUCAGCUGUUUUGUUUUAUAAAAUAAGCUUUCCUAGUUGCAAACAUGCAGGUGGGUCCAAAUCUGAUUCACAAAUUUCUGUGCGGUUGCGUGGCUUCUCUCCGGGUACUCAGCCUUCCUCCCACAGUCCCACAGCCCAAAGACAUGCAGUUAGUGGGGUUAGGUUAAUUGGAGAAUCUAAAUUGCCCAUAGGUGUGAAUAUGAGUGCGAGCGGUUGUCUGUCUCUCUGUGUUAGCCCUGUGUCUGGCUGGUGACCUGUUCAGGGUGUACCCUGCCUCUCGCCCUAUGGUAGCUAGGAUACACUACAUCCUCCCUGCAUCCCUGACAAGGAUAAGUGGAUGGAUGAAGAGAAUGGAUUGAUGAAUUUGUCAUAUUUGCUCAAUCCAGCAGGAAAGGUAAAUAAAAACAUUUUGUGACUAAGACUUUCAUGGUAAAAAGGGU